CUCUCUUUUAAUUUAAACCAAUCCUCUCUCUCCCUAGACCUUCAUCAAAUUUCAAUAUCCAACAAAUAAAAUUAAUCUUAGAAACUAAUUAAAACCCUAGUAAGAAAUGGAGGGUCUUAUUCCUUUUGUGUACAGAGCUAUAAUGCAAUACAAGAAUGGAAACGAGGGACCGAUCGGGUCGUGGCUGAACGAGUCGCCUUCCGCUUCUUACAUGCGCCUUCCGACGGGCGAUUCAGGGCGGUUUCAGCUGACUUCUGAUCAUAUUCUUCUUUUCGGGUCCGGUCAUGGCUUCUCUACCGCCACUUCUUUCCCGUCAUCGGACAAUAACUCUUCUUCUAGUACUCAAAUUCUUGUAUCUACCGGUGCUCAAUCUCCACUUUGUCGCUUGACUCCUCGCCGUGUAGCUGCAUGAAUCGGUCAUGAUCAUGAUCUCAGACAGUAAGUUUAGUUAUUUGCUGUUGUGCUAUGUCGUUUGUUUCAGUUUGGAUAUGGUAAUAAGCUUGUGGAAAACCAAAGGGUAAGGCCACAAGCUUUUAUGGUAUUUUCUAUUUUAGUAUGUACGAAGAAGAAAGAAGAAAUAAUCAAGAAAAACAUGUAAGAAAAACCAAAGGGAAAUCUCAUGUUUUUUUAUGUUUCUAUUACGUAUCUUAAAGUGAUCAAAUUAUUGUAUAGAAGAUUAAA